CGGGGAGGGCGCGAGGCGCUCGGCUUCCCGUGUUCCUCUCCCCGCCCCCGCCCCGUGGGCGCGAGAGGAGGCGGGGGGCUCCUUGUGCACCAGAGACGCAGCUGCCUUGUUCGCCCGGUGGGGUGUGGGUCCUCCGAGCGGUGCUGGGAAGGGGGUUCUCUCCGCCCGCGCGCCCAGGACUCUACCCAGGGCGGAGGUCCCGAGUGGGCCGCCCCCCGCAGCGCCCUGGGUUCGCGGGCCCAGAGGCUGGAGACAGCGGGGAGCUAGGGUCCCUCACCCUCCCCUCGCCGCGUGCCUCCGCAGGAGUCGGGCUCCCCGUUCCCCGCGAUGGCCGCGGGCCGCAGUCGUACGGAGCCGCCGCGCGGACCCCGGGGCGCCCCUCCCUAGCGGGGCGCAGCUCCUUCUUGUUCCCCGCCCGGCCAGCGGGAUGGGGGGCGGCGGGUCGGCCCUGAGGGUCUGCGCCGACCACCGCGGGGGCAUCAACUGGCUGAGCCUGAGCCCCGACGGGCAGCGCCUGCUGACGGGCAGCGAGGACGGCACGGCCCGGCUCUGGAGCACCGCGGACGGCCAGUGCUGCGCGCUCCUGCAAGGACACGAAAGCUAUGUGACCUUCUGCCAGCUGGAGGAUGAGGCCGCCUUCACAUGCAGCGCCGACUGCACCAUCAGGAGGUGGGACGUGCUGACCGGGCAGUGUCUGCAGGUGUACCGAGGACACACGUCCAUUGUGAACAGGAUCCUGGUUGCCAACAACCAGCUCUUCAGCAGCUCCUACGACCGGACAGCUCGGGUCUGGAGUGUGGAUAAGGGGCAGAUGUCCCAGGAGUUCCGGGGCCACCGCAACUGCGUGCUGACUCUAGCCUACUCUGCCCCGUGGGACCUCCCCAGCACUCCCUGCGUGGAGGAGGCCGCGGCCGGGGGGCUCCUGGUGACCGGCAGCACAGAUGGCACUGCCAAGGUGUGGCAGGUGGCCAGCGGCUGCUGCCACCAGACGCUGCGGGGCCACACGGGCGCAGUGCUGUGCCUAGUGCUAGACACGCCCAGUCACACGGCCUUCACAGGCAGCACCGACGCCACCAUCCGUGCCUGGGACAUCCUGAGUGGGGAGCAGCUGCGGGUGUUCCGGGAGCACCAGGGCUCCGUCAUCUGUCUGGAGAGGGAGAGGUCUGGGGGGCUUCAGAGCUGCCCCAGCUGCCGACCUUCCCUGCUCCUCCUCGCAGCUGGUGAACCGACUCGUGUACUCUGGCAGCGCGGACAGGACCGUCAAGUGCUGGCUGGCAGACACAGGGGAGUGUGUGCGCACGUUCACGGCCCACAGACGCAACGUGAGCGCCCUCAAGUACCACGCGGGCACCUGUAGAAGAAUUUCAGAGGCUGGUGGUCUCGGCUGGAAUGGGUGGCUCCACAAAGUCAUCAGGCACACAGCUUUCUUCUGUCACUCUUCUUCGUCAUCCUUAGCACAGACCUUCUAUCUUUAAAGAAGCCUCAUGAUUCAAGAUAGCUGCUACAGUGCCAGCCGUCGUGUCAUAUUUUAGGCAGGCAGAGAGAGAGGAUGAAGGGCGAAAGGACGCGUCUUCUAGCUGAGUUGGUCCUUUAAUCUCUUUUCUGGAAGCUUCAUCCAAGGGCUUCUACAUACGUCUCUGUGGCCAUUCUGUCUGCAAGAGAUAGUGAAUCAUAAAGUCUCUUAUCUGAGGAAUUUACUGCCCAGAUGGAAUCAGGGUUAUUUUGGAAAGAAAGAAGGGCAGAAUGGCUUGUUGGGCAGGCAACGAGCUGUCUGUGCUGCAGGUCUCAAAUUGUCACACACCCAGGCCGUUUGGCUCUGCCUCUGGGAGGGAGGAGACGGGGUGAGAGAAGAGUCACAGUGGAAUAUUCAAGUUGACCUCACAGCAAAGAUGUUGGAUGAAGAUAGAAUGUAGAUAUCUGAAAAUAGAUCCUGACAUGCCCUCAGGAUUCAGGUGUCUGACACGGAAAAAUUAUUUUUCGUUUGUUCCUGUGUCCAGGCCUGGAAGUGUGGUUAUGGCUCUGUUCCCAAGUCUGGGUCCUCUGAACACGAGGAAGGUUCUACUCUCAAAGGCUCUGGCCGGCGGCUGCCUAGAACACCUCCCCAUGCAGCCGGGGCAUGGAGCCCGCAGGGAAAGCGAAGCCUGCAGCCCACUGUUGCUCAGCUUGGUUCUUGGUCUUGGCCAUCAAGGCUAUGGGAUGAUCAGACUUUGUUUUUGAUCCUCUUCCCACCCACGGGGAGCUCAGCAGCCACACUGGGUUUUCCAGGCCAUGUCCAUUUGUCUGAGUUUGUGGGGGGAAGGCAGAAAGGGGCUGAAAAGAGACCCAGAAAUGAAACUUCCCCUCUGGGACCAUUUACUCUGUAGUUUUAACAAAAAGGCUGGAAUAGGCUGGGCACCGUGGCUCAUGCCUGUAAUCCCAGCUUUGGGAAGCCAAAGCGGGAGGAUCUCUUGAGCUCAGUAGUUCAAGACCAGCCUGAGCAACAGAGCAAGACCCUGUCUCUACAAACUUUUUUUUUUUUUUUUUUUUUUGAGACAGAGUCUUGCUCUGUGGCCCAGGCUGGAGUACAAUGGCGCAGUCUAGGCUCACUGCAAGCUCCACUUCCCAGAUUCAAGCGAUUCUCCUGCCUUGGCCUCCUGAGUAGCUGGGACUACAGGUGUGUGCCACCACACUCGGCUAAUUUUUGUAUUUUUAGUAGAGAUAGGGUUUCACCAUGUUGGCCAGGCUGGUCUCAAACCCCUGAUUUCAUGAUCUGCUCUGCCAGCUUCAGCUUCCCAAAGUGCUGAGAUUACAGGUGUGAGCCACUGCGCCCAGCGCCCCUCAGUUUUUUUUAAAUUAGCUGGGAGUAGUGGUGCAUGCUUGUGGUCCCAGCUGCUCAGGAGGCUGAAGCGGGAAGAUCGUUUGAGCCCAGGAGUUCAAGGUUAACAGUGAGCUAUGAUGGUACCACUACACUCCAGCCUGGGCAACAGAGUGAGACCCUGUCUCCCUGUCUCAAAAAGAAAAAGAAAAAAAAGCCUGGGGAACAAGUACCCACAGAGCACCCUCAGAUAGAUAGGUAGCCCAGCACUCUUACCCCAGGUGGUCCUACCCCUUUUCCCCAAGGUCCCCGGCAGGCUUGCGCCAUAGCUGCCCACCGUAGUUACCUGCUCAUUGACAGACCCCCCAGGACUUCCUCCCUCCCUUUCCACCUCCCAUUUCCCUGUGAGCGUUUCCUGGGACGCCUGCCAGGUGAACUGUCUGCAUCAAGUCCUAGCAUCAGGGUCGGCUUCAGAGAGCCCAGCCUAGGCCAAGUGAGUUCUUCUAGUCCACAUCCUCAGUGUGGGCUCCUGACUAGCAGCAGCGUCACUUAAAACUGGUUAGAAAUGCAGAUUCUCAGGCCCCGCCUGCUAAAUCAGAUUCUGGGAUGCGGCCCCACGAUCUGUGGCUGAGACCUCCCAGUGAGGGAAGCGGGUUGCAGUUGGAAAACGAUUGGACUAAAUUCUUAGGAAAAACCCCAGGGAGAGGCAGCCCCCUGGGGGAGGAGACAGACUGAGGUCGGAGGCUCGCCCCCGCUAGGGGUCCCGGGAGUGCGUGAUCAUGGACCCCAGAGGGCUGGGCUUUGAUUUGAGUGCCGAUCCAUUAAUGAGGACGGGAGAAUAAGGCUGCCUACGCAGGGGAAGGUGGGGGGGACGCGACUCGAGGACCUGACGAUUAUCCCCAGGCAGGGGCCUCCAAACCAGGCACGGAAACCAACUUCACCAAACCGCGGAGUGGGGACUGGGCCCGGGCGGUGUUCAGCAGGGGCAGGGGCAGGGCCAGCUGGCGCGCAGGCAUCUGCAGGGCGGAGCAGAAUAACCGCGGGGACCCCUGUUUCUCUGGAGGGGUGCUGUCCACUUCCCAUAUGAGCCUCAGGAUACCCCCGUGGGGCGGAGUCUCGGAGACGCCCCAGGUCACGCUCUCGCCGCCCCAUCCCUGCCUGCGGGGGGCCGGGCAGGGAGGGAGGGAAGGAGGGAGGCCCAGCGCGCGCUGUGUGUCCGCAGUGUUCACGGGCAGCGGCGACGCUUGCGCCCGGGCCUUCGACGCGCAGUCUGGAGAGCUGCGGAGGGUGUUCCGGGGCCACACAUUCAUCAUCAACUGCAUCCAGGUAGGUCCCUCUGCCCUUCUUGGGGCCGCCGCUCGU